AGGAGGAGGCCGGUGUGUGCUGCACAUGCAACACACAUUAGUGGGUCACUCGAAGAUGAUGACGCUGAUGACCGCAACGGUAGAAACGGCACCGGCAGAGGCAGAAACUGCAGGAACGACCACCAUUUUGCAGCAGCUAACGAAAAUUAUAUAAAAUUAUCAUGCAGGGCAGGCUGCUGGUUGGCUUGCCACUUGACAGCGGCAGGCGGGACAAGGCCUCCAAGCAUUACUACUACCAGCACCAGCAGCAGAAAAAUCAAAGGCAACGGCAACAACGGGUCGCAUGACGUAUACGUAAUGUGCACCGGGAGUCGGCCAAUUUGUCCAAAAAAAUAGAGCCACUGAACCACUCAACCACUCAGCCGCUGAGCAAACGGAAGUGUACACAGAAACUCGAGCCAAAAACCAACGAGACGCAACUGCCGGGAACUAGCUAGGAAAGUUUGUGGCCGAAUGGCGAAAGUUGACAAACAAUUGCGAGUCUGUUGAGAAGCCGGUGCGAAAAUGACAGAAUGGCGAAGUUAACGUUGCCCUUUCUACUGCAGCGACUGCAGCUGAUGGCGCUGCAACUGACGCCCCAAAACCAACAGCAACCAAACCAACAAAAGCCCGAACCUGAGCACGCCCAGAAGCAGCACGGCUGCCAAUUGAUGGUCAUGCAGCUGGGUCAGGUCAUGCUCCUCUACGGCUGCCUCCUGCUGCUCCAUGCCUCCGUCUCGGUGUCCGUAUCCGCCACGGCUUCGGAUAUGGUCACUGGGGUGGCGAUGCCCGCGAUGGCAAACCUUUCAUCGGCUAAACAUUUGGGCCAGGAGCAGGGCCGAAAGCUGGGGGAGAACCUGGUGGAGAAACGUGCUUGGAAACGUGAAGCUGCCAAUGUGCCUGAAGAUGACUACGAUGCCAGUUAUCCGGAUGAAGUCGAUGAUUUGGAGGCCUUGCUUAAUAAUAAGUCGGCAAAGGGUAAAUACAUUGGAGCUCCGUGCAACGAGUUGAAAUGUGACGUCAAAUUGCUGCACGUGUCCUGCGACAAGGAGACUCAGACCUGCACCUGUGAGCGCAACUAUCCCGUGCAGCUAGGACUGAUUAAGGGUUGCGCCAAACCUAAAAAGCUAGGCGAUCAGUGUUUCUACGAUGAGACGUGCAUCUACAACGACGAGAACUCCCUUUGUGUUCAGGUGCGUCACAAUGCGAUGUGCCAGUGCGUCAGUGGCUUCCACUCGGUCAGUUAUGUGAAGCCCACACGACGUGUCUUUUGUACACCAGACCUCAGUGAAUUGAGCUCGGAUUUACCCACUUUGCUAGGUGUUUCCACUGGAAUUGCUGUCCUGGCCGGACUAAUCUGCAUGGUGUUGCAUCUGUUUAGCAAAACAAAGUAUCCGCGGAGUCGAAACUACGGAGAUGCCAGCAUUGCACCGCCCAUUCUCUACUCCAGUGAUACGGGAAUACCGCUUACGGUACACUCGGCGCGUCCGUCUUCGCGGUCCAGUAUUCGGUCGACGGGAUCCAUUGGCUCCUAUGGCCACGGGCGGCGAGCUUCGUCCGGCGGACUGGGUGGAGGAGCGGCCGGAGGUGGGGCUGGCGUCGGCGGCGGAGGAGCAGGUAGCGUCGCAGGAGCUGGCGGAGGCUCGAAGGGCAUCCUCGUGUCGACGUCUCGUACAGGUGCGGCUAGAUCGGCCGCCAUAUUGCUCAUAUCGUGUCACAUAGCGGCCGUGUCCAAACAGAAUUCGCGUGCCUCGUCGCGGCAUACAUCCGGAGCCGGGUGCAGUCAGCACUCGCGGGACGAUCUCGACGAGAACGGCAGUGGCGGUGGCGGGGGUGGCGGCGGAAGCGGGAGCGGGUGCCGCAGCUGCGAGAGCACUAUCUCAAUGAACCGCCACCUGCAGAAGCAACUUAACCACCAGCGGCACCUGCUCAGCUUCGAGCUGUCGCCGGGACGGUCGAAGAAUCAGGAUAGAUUUAGGACCCUGUUGGGCAUGAAUGGAAUUGAUAAUAGUGGGAGCCAUGAGGAUGAGGAGGACGAUGAGUACGGUCCUCCCCCGCAUAGCACAGAACCCAGCAGCACAGUCCCUCAUGCACAUGCCCGUCUGGGUGGUGGUGGUGUUGGCUAUGUCGGUGUGGUUGGUGGUUACGGCGUCGUCGGCGAUGCCGUCGACACCAAUGGCGGCGACUCCAGCGGCGGCUACGCCACUGGCGCCGAGCUGCAGCAUCUGCAAAUUGGCGCACUGCCCACGCCGGCGAGUGAAACGCCCCGAUUUGCGGUAAAUCAACUCAAUCAUCCAACUCAGUCGCCGAGACAUCACCUCUCAUCACCACGUCCACAUCCACAUCCUCAUCCUCAUCCAGCAUCCAUUGUUCAAGAGUGUUGCCUGGUCAUCUGCAUUCACAUUCGCAUCCUUCUCGUCUCCACUUGAAGAGAAAAAAAAACAGUGACAGAACAGAAACAACAAUAACAUUUUGUGCUAAUCCUAAAUGUUCCGUUAUUGCAUCCGUUCUUAUAAUGGAAAUGUCAUUCAAAAGUCCUUUAAAG